AUGAACUCCAAUAAAACUUAUUCAGAGACUACUUGUGAUUGUAAGAGUCUGAGAUUGAAUGUAUCAGCCAACAAGCAUGAAACAAAUUGGUAACCCCACAAAAUUAAGAUUAGUUCAAAUAGACCAGCAUCUAGUAGUAAAGCAUCUUCCAGCACAAUUCGAAAGAAAUCAUAAAGGUACAUGUGUUUCAGAGAUAUUAGUGACUUUUAAGCUAUGCAAUAGACAUUGGGAUAAGGUUCAUUUGGUUGGGUCACUCUAGUUAAAGAGAUAUCAACAGGGAAAUUGUUGGCAAUGAAGGCUGUACUGAUGAUUUUUGUUAUAGUAUACAGAUGAAAAAGGCAGAACUGUUUAAAUACUGCACGGUUGACAAUUUAAAGAGGGAAAUAAAAAUUUAACGUAAAUUAAACCAUCCAAACAUAAUUAAAUUGGAUAGUUAUUUUGAAGAUAAAGUAAUAUGCCAAUUGAUUCCCUUAGACCAACGUAUACUUGGUACUGGAGUAUGCAGAAGGUGGUUCCUUAUUUAAAUAAAUAAAGAAACAGCGUCAUCUAUCUGAAGAUGAAGCUUCUCAUUAUCUUUAUUAAACCUGUCUUGGCAUCGAUUAUCUACACAAACAAAAGAUUAUUCACAGAGAUAUAAAGGUUACUUUGUCUCCCUAUUUUGUAGCCAGAAAAUCUCUUGCUCGAUAACAAAGGAAAUAUCAAGAUCUGUGAUUUUGGAUGGUCGACUGAAAUGGGCAACUUGAAAAAAGCAUUUUGUGGCACUAUUGAAUACAUGGCACCUGAAAUGAUUAAAUCUCAAAGUACUAAUUACAAACUCGAUAUCUGGUGUUUGGGUGUUUUGCUCUAUGAAAUGGUGCAAGGGAAGCCUCCUUUCACUGGCAGGAAUGACUAAGAAAAAUGCUAAGCCAUUCUAUCAGGAUCCCCCCUCAAAUACGAUGAGUACGUUUCAGAAGAUUGCAAGUCUCUUAUAUCUAUGAUUCUUCAGUAGAACCCUUUCAAUAGACCCUCUAUCCAAGGAAUUCUUAGUCAUCGAUGGAUGCUAUCCAAAAUCAAAUAAUACCAACCUCUCAAUGAAAACCUAACCUAUCGAAGUGUCUCAUUAUUAAUUGACGAAUAAAAUCAAUCUCCUUUAUAAACUUCCUUAACUGUGAUGUCAGAACGCAAGACCACUAAUAAAGAGUGGGAAGACAUGAAAUAGAGAUCCCAACACUUUGUAUUCCAGCAUCCUUAACAAGUGUCUGAGUAACCCCAAUAAACCUUAUUUAAACGUAUAUUAAUAUCCCUUGGCUGUAUUAAUCGUUGA